AACUCUGUUGUCGACUGUUGUCGGACGGCUUUGUGAGAAGUUUUGUUGUCGGCGUUUCUGUUUCUAACUCGAGUCGUUUUUCUGUUACUGUUUCGAACUCUGCAGUCUCAACUCUUAAAGGCUCGAGGAUGUCGAUAAGGACGUUCGGCGACAAGCCGAUUAGCUUCCAGGUGGAGGAAAAUGGAGAGUACUACUGCAUCGGUUCUGAGGUGGGAAACUACCUCCGUAUGUUCCGGGGUUCACUCUACAAGAGGUACCCUGGGAUGUAUAGGCGCACGCUCGGCAACGAGGAAAGGAAGAGGCUCAUCGAGCUCGGCCUCAGUUCACACUGUCUUGCCUCGAGCAUUUCACUACUCAGGGCUUCAGAAGUGGAGGACAUUAUUGAUGGGAAUGAUGACAAGUACAAGGCUGUUUCUGUCCACUCAUCUGAAACGCCAAUUACCAGCUCAGCAAAGCCGAAGAAGACGAUGCCCUGGGUGCCGUCUCUUCCGAACAGUUCACAUCUUGAUGCAGUGCCACAGGCGACACCAAUCAACAGGAAUAGAGUAGUCAACAAAAAGGUUAGAAGUUUUCCUCUUUGCUACGAUGACACUGAUCCGUCUUCGAUUUCUGAGAAUGCUUCUCAGGUUGAAGUCUUAGUGCCGAUAAGACUUGAUAUGGAGAUCGAAGGGCAAAAGCUGCGAGAUACUUUCACCUGGAACAAGAACGAAUCGCUUAUCACACCCGAGCAAUUCGCCGAAGUUCUUUGUGACGAUCUCGAUUUGAAUCCAUUGAGUUUUGUCCCUGCAAUCGCACAGGCUAUCAGGCAGCAGAUCGACGGCUUCCCAACUGACAACUUUUUGGAAGAACAGUCAGACCAGAGAGUCAUAGUCAAGCUGAAUAUUCACGUUGGGAAUACUUCUUUGGUGGAUCAGGUUGAAUGGGAUAUGUCUGAGAAAGAAAAUUCGCCAGAAAACUUUGCCAUGAAACUCUGCGCUGAAUUGGGACUAGGAGGAGAAUUUGUGACUGCGAUAGCUUACUCGAUAAGAGGUCAACUGUCUUGGCACCAAAAAACAUACGCUUUUUCUGAGGCGCCUCUCGCCACGGUGGAGGUGCCUUUUAGAGCCGGGUCAGAGGCCGACCAGUGGUGCCCCUUCCUCGAAACGCUCACGGACGCUGAAAUGGAGAAGAAAAUCAGAGACCAGGACAGGAACACCAGGAGGAUGAGACGUUUAGCCAAUACGACGCCGGGUUGGUGAGGGUUACCUUCGAGGCACGUCCCAGUAGCUCAGUCUUCUGACGCUACUCCAUCCUCCAAGGUUUAAAUUGGGUGGAUUUCUCGACAAGAGAUGACGUGUUUCGAAGUAAAAUAAGAGAAACGGGAAGUUGGAAAGAAUUGACAAAUUGCAAGAAUUGGAAAAAAAUGACACUUUUUUGUCAUGCAAAAUUUUUAUUCGAUAUAAUUCAGUACUAAAACUGGUUAUAAUUACAGCGUUUUGAAUGUGUUUCUCAUUAUUCAAUUUACCAUUGAUUUCUAUACCGUCAUUAUUUCUUCCUGAUUUCUUUUUACCUUGGAUAUUUUUAUUUUUAUACUUCUUCC